UGAUGGGCACUGAGAGACUGGACUGUGUUAUACAUGCAGGGUGUGAUUCAUGUGGCAUGUUCGAGCACAAGGGCGGACUGACAACUCAUGGGGCCCCCGGGCAAUAGGGGAUCAUGGGGCCCCUGUGUCCUUGCCCAAACUCAAAAAAGCCUAUGAAAAAGGUACCAGGGGCAUCUCAUGGGGCCCCCUACUGACCCCGGGCCCUCGGGCAGUGCCUGAGUUUCCAAAUGGUCAGUCUGCCCCU